AGUAUGCUCAGAAGAAAAUAAUUGAAUUUGGACAUAAUUAGGAAAGUUCACAGCUCAGGAAAGAUUGGGGAGGAAAUGGUGACAAAGGAAGCUGACUUGACUCAGUAAUGCUUUCGGGAAGCAAGGGCAGAAGCUGAAGCCUUAUCUGCACAGUUACUGUUAAGAAGGUGGUUGCAGUUCACACGUCUGCCUUUCUUGCAGGUGAAUAACUCCAGGUUGUCCAGCAUGAUAGUCUUCAUUUUCCUUGCCCUCAACAAGAAAAAUGUGACUGAGCCACACCCUUGGGCCUAAUCUCCAAAUGCAGUGACCCAGCAAGUAGUACAUAUGAUCCAUCCAAUGAGUUGUCUUGGAUUCUCCUUAGGAGAAGAGGUUUGAAAAGAGCUAUGGUGCUAUGCUUGGAAAAUGAAUCCACUUCCCAAACCAUUGAUUGCACAUAUUUAAGAGAGCAAUGCCUAAGUGAUACAAAUGGAUGUAAACUUGUAUGGAGAAAGAUGGAAGAUUCAUGUAAUGUUUCAGGUAACCCCUGCAAGAUGAAGGAUUCAUCAAACUGUAACCUGAGCAUCCAGUCCUUGGUGGAAAACAAUUUCCAGUUUGAAGAUUGUCUCUGCACUGGUAACCUCCAUUGCACUAUUAACAAAUUGCUUGGGAAAAAAUGCAUCAAUGAAUCAGAAGAAUCAGUACUGUCUUUACAUUUGGCUUCACAGUCAAAUAUCACACAAUGGUUCCAUCAGAAAAACACAUCAUUAAUGGUUAGAAAAAAGAUUGACUGUGUCACAGCAGCACAUAUCUGCCAGGAGUCGGAACAUUGCACUCUGUUGUAUGAAAAUUUUAAGAAAACCUGUGGGAGAGAAUCAGAACAAUGCAAGACCCUUGAUGGAGGCUACACGUGUGCAGCAUUAGGAGAAAGUCUGAAAGAAACAAUCUUGUGGAAUUGUCAUUGCAACAACCCUUCAAAAGUAGAGUGUAUUGAAAUUUGGAAAAGUUUGUUUGAAGAUAUUUGUAUACAAGAUGUUCACAUGAAUCAAGUUCCAGCCUACAGUGAUGACUAUGAAGAGGGAUUCAGCCAGGAAAUUGUUUCAGAUAACAUGAAAGAGGAUAAUCAAUCCAAGUGGAAUCUGACCACUCUUCCCUAUAAUGGAAUCAAAGGGAUCCAGUCCUGUUUGGAAGUGGCAGAAGCGUGCGUAGGGGAUGUGGUCUGUAACGCACAGUUGGCCCCUUACCUUAAAGCUUGCUCAGCAAAUGGAAAUCUAUGUGAUGUGAAACACUGCCAAGCAGCCAUACGGUUCUUCUAUCAAAGUAUGCCUUUUAACAUUGCCCAGAUGUUGGCUUUUUGUGACUGUGCUCCAUCUGAUAUACCUUGUCAGCAGUCCAAAGAAGCUCUUCACAGCAAGCCAUGUGCUGUGAACAUAGUUCCACCCCCUACUUGCCUCAAUGUAAUUCACAGCUGCCGAAAUGAUGAAUUAUGCAGGAGGCGCUAUAGAACAUUUCAGUGGAAAUGCUGGCAGCAAGUGACUAAAAAGUGCCAUGAAGAUGAGUUUUGCAUCAGUACCUUAAGCAAGCAGGAUCUCACUUGCUCAGGGAGUGAUGACUGCAAAGCAGCUUACAUUGGGAUCUUGGGGACAGUUCUUCAAGUGCAGUGCACCUGUAGGACCAUCACACAAAGUGAAGAAUCUUUGUGCAAGAUUUUCCAACAUAUGCUUCACAGAAGAUCAUGUUUCAAUUACCCGACCCUGUCUAAUGUCAAAGGCAUUGCAUUGCAUAAAAGAAAACCUGCAAAGGAAAUAACUCUAAGUGGAUUUCAUUCCCCCUUCAAUGGAGAAGUAAUCUAUGCUGUCAUGUGCAUGACAGUCACCUGUGGAAUCCUUCUCCUGGUUAUGCUCAAGCUGAGGAAGUCUUUGUACCAGUCAACAGAAUAUCCUAUCUGUCAUCAAUAAGGAAAAUGUGAAGAUGGAUCUGAUGAUAUUAGAUCGUUAGUAUAAUAAUAUAAGAAAUGGUAAUAUGGGAUGGUGUUAGAUUUACUUUUGUCUUAAGAAGAUAUUCGAGUAAAAAUGUCUGGUGGUAUCUUUUAUGACAUUGGUAGAAAAUUUAAGUCUCCCUUGAAGGCAAAAUGUGUUAUCCCAAGUUACAGUCUGCAUGAUUUGUUUCAUGGUAAAUUUGAAUCCAUGUAAUAGUAAUUAGUUGCAUCAAAAUAUGACAUAUUACGGUUAGCAGGGGUUUUUUUCUGAUCAAUGUUACAAAUUCCCAUUGGCUUGCCAAAAGGAAAAUGCUAAUAGAUAUAUCCAGUAUAAUUUUUUAUUUGUGUAUUCUUACUAAUUUUCACAUCAUACAUCAUGGUAUCUUUGUUUUACUUAAAUACUGUAGAAUUUUGCUUUUGUAACUUGGUAUCUUUAUUUCAUACAAAAAUGUAGAACAACACAUUGCCUGAAAAAAAUUAAUAUGCAUUUUAAUAAUGACAUACUUCAUUUGUGAAUUUAAUUUUUUCUAUGUUAAUUACUAUGAACUUCUUUGGUAACAAAGUAAUACUGUAAUUGUAUAUUCUAUAUUGUUACUUUUGGCCAGAUUUGACACCAGAGUGCAAUUGUGAUUAGAAAAUUGUGAACAAGUUGUUUGUUAGUUUUUGGUAUAUAUAUGCUUUUCAACUCUCUGCAAUCACAUUAAUACCCACUGCUAUGAAUGAAUAGGAGGUUUCAUUAUCCACAGUGGCACAGAGACACAAAUAUUCAAUAAUCUGAGAAUAUUAAUAAAUAGUGAUAUAUUCACACUUAAAGGUUGAAUAUUUUCUGUUUCGUCUCAUAUCUAUUGCUAUGUUUCUAUUGUUUACUAUGCUUCAGAUUAAAGAGUCUAUAUUAAAUU